AUGGGGUCUACGGAACGGGUUCGUGGUACAGUGGGGUUUUUAUCACUGAGUACAUUCUUCCAUCAGUACCUGUCUGCUACCCAGUACAUCGCCCCUCUGAUGGGAAACUUUGACCCUAGUCUGAACGCAUCGUCAAGGAUCAAGUAUGGAUAUAAUGAUACUGCCUUCACCGUUGAAUGGGAUGACCUCCAUGUGCAACAUAUAGCCGCAGUUGGACGAUUUACAUUCCAGACCACCCUCAUAUCAGAUGGGCGUAUCCUCUUCGCGUACAAAGAGAUUCCUGAAGAUGUGAACAACAUUGGUGGAGGAAAUGGUCACAAAGUGACGGUUGGUCUGUCAGAUGGAUACUACAUUGAUGAGCCCCUUUACCCAGGAUCCCACUUGGUGAGGCGAACCAUCUACCAUUACCACAACAUCCUGCUCAACAAAACGCUGGUUAUGACCAAUGCUGCUUAUAUACUUCAACCUCUGAAAACCUGCAACCUGUACACCAACUGCUCAGGAUGCCUAUCCAUCAGGGAAGAGAUUCGCUUUGAUUGCGGCUGGUGCGGAAAGAUCAAGAGAUGCUCCAGCGGACUUGAUAGGCACAGGCAGGAUUGGAUAGAGGCUGACUGCUCAGAAGAGGCUCAAGAGGAAUGCUAUAAUGAAAAUUUCCUAGCUCAAGCGGCCAUCGUCAUCGUGAUAGUGAUUGUGGUGGUGAUUGUCUUCUUUCUGAUGGGAUGCCUAAUUUAUGCCUACAGGAACCCCUCAUCCAGGUCCGGUCAACAACUCGUUCAGUUCCAGCAGCGAGUCCGUCAAAUGGCACGUCGCAACCCACGCGACAACUACGAGGAGAGCAUCGUGGGUAACAUGCAAGAAACCAAACCUACCCCACCCCCUGCCUACACCCCUCCCCAGGACUCACCGUCCAUCCCCACACCCCCGAUGUCCGACACGCCUUCCGUGAUCACCACCACCGGAGCGCCGGGUGCGACCACGCUGUCCGGUAACGGGGACGUCGCAGCCAAUCCGGAGCCGAAGCUCGAUACUGGCAUCGACCCUCAUGCCCAAAUGGCGGAGUGCUGAUCUCAACGCAUUAUCGUGUAUCAUCAAAUUGCCUUCGAUGUCCCGACUCAUAAAGUCACAAUUUGCUGAAGUUCUGAUUAUCUAUUGUAAUCAAAUUUAAUAGCAACCAUCGUCUUCAACCUGUUGAACAUGAUUCAGUUCAUUUCGGAUUUAUCUCCACAAAUCCGUGACAUUACAAUUUUUUAUAGGGAAGGAUCCCAGUAAAAGCAAGAAGUACUGCAACAAUUUUUUAGAUUCCCGUAAUUUUAGUCCAGAUUUAGACCAUAUUUGAAGUUAAAACUGGAGUUCAGUAUAAGGGCCAUAAAGUACUAAAUUUUUUCAUUCCCAUAUCCGUAGAUAUCGGAUUUCACUGGAUAACAUUAGGCAAUAGCCAAGGGUAUCUAUUGUUUGUCAUUAGAGCAGUGGCCCUUCUAGUAAGAGCUUGCUCAUGAAGACUAUAUAUGUACCCGGCCUGCCCACUAAGACUAUUUAACAUCUCCCUUGAGCAGUUUUAUUGACAGACUUCUCUCUGUUCCGCCUGCUAAUAGUCAAAGGUUUUCUUCAUUCGAUUAUUUGUUAUAGGAUAUACCAUUCCAAUGAUAUAUUUGACACUAUCUUUAUUCAAAUUCAGUCAUUCUAUGUUCGAGUUGGCCCAAUCUUUUAUCUCUUGUUUGAUUAAUAUUUGACUUUUCAGAUACUUUAAAAUGUAUGUUUAUUGUGAUAUGCAGAUUUUUUUUAAACACAUAUUCUUAAUGAAUUUACAGAAAAUAAUUUUGAUAUUCAUACCAAGAGCCUGAUAUCUAUUACUAUGGGAAAAGUGUAUUUUUGAAACCAUUUUCAUGGGGUAUCCAUUUAUGAAGAAACCUCAAGUUUGAAUGGCACAAGUUUAGAAAAUGACUGAUUUAUUUUAGUCAAUUGAUAUGAGAAUAUGAAUACAUGUAUCUCACAAAUUAACAUCCUAUUUUUUCAGAAAGGCUGAUUUUAUUUUUUAUGGGGAAAAAUAAGAAAAAGCAUUCUUGGGUUUUGAUUUGUCUGCUCUAUACAUUCCUACUACUGUACUUUCAGGAACACAUUUACUUUAUUGAUCUGGUUUGUGUUGAUACCUACAGUACUAAACAUAAAGUCCGAGGGAUUGGGGAAGACUAAGAGCAUUAUUUUCUUCAGUUAAAUUAUGAACUGAAAAUCGUAGAUGCUCAUGCAGAUGCUCAUUGACACGGGGGGGGGGGGGGGGGAUAUUUUAAAUGUGCCCUUUAGGAGUGCCAUGCAUACUUUUUUUGGCUGAAUUUUGCUCUGUCAGGGACGCUGGUUCCAAAUAACUGGUACCUUAGUUGAGGGUUUGCAACCAAAAGAGACAUUUGAAGCAUUGUGGCCCAGUGGAUUAGUCUCUUGACAUUCAAACAGAGGGUCUUGGUUUCAAAUCCAGCCAUUCAUCCAUAUUGAGCACUCCAGUGAGGUAAUAGGUACCUGGUAGAAAUUUAUUCCUUGAAAUGUGUUUGCGCUGAAGUAAUUACCGCCACCAAGCUGAAGCCAGGGUAAUGAUAUCCAUGUCCUUUGGAAGCGCAUAGAGACAUUAUAAUCAUAAUGUGAUAUGCGCUAUACAAGAAUGGUUUAUUAUUAUUAUCAUUUAUUAUUUUUCAUUUCAUUCUACAGGGAAAGAUUAUUUCAAACAUUAUUCUUACAUUACCCAUUUCUAUUUUCUGUCAUAUAAAGAGAGUAUUUUUUAUAUCCUUGCAGUUUACAUGUCAUGGUGUUUUAUCUGACGAAUACAAUGCAUUUUGAGUACUAUGAAAUUUGUUAUUUUCAGAAUUUUGAGAAAGUUUUGAUAGGGUUUGCUUGAAUGUGGAACUUUUGUUGUUUGGUAUACGUGGCUCCCAUUCAUUUAGGCACCUUCAUAAACAUCUGUGUGACAUUUUUGAAUAGGAAUCCUGCUCUUUCAAAGUAGGGACAGUGAUUUUCCAUUUUUUUAAAUGGCAAUUUUGGUUUCUGAAAAAAUGUAAUUUCAUUCCAAACCUGAUCUAAGAUGAAAAUUAUGUUAUGCUAUAGAAAAAUACACAGCAAAAAUAUGAAUUCCGUUUCAUAAAGGUAAAUUCAAUUAAUUGUUUGCAUGAAUUGAAAUGGACAUGUAAAGAACCAAAAUGGAUUUCCUGUUUUGAUUUACCAGUAAACGCAAAACCACUGUCCCUAGAGAUGCUGCUCCAACGAUACGGUGCUUUAACUCGGAUAUUCAUGCAUUUUAAACAGAAACACAUGUGACACGGAUAUUGAGUAUUGUAUAGUUUUGUUUUGUUAUUACUAAUAUUUUUUUGUCAGAUGGUUGGUAAUUGGGACAGUUAUUAUGGGUAUGAGGUUUAACUCGAAUUGCACAAAACAAUCUAGAAUAUUGUCCAUAUUGUUUAUGCACCAUUAUUGAAUAACCAAGAUUUAUUAAAACAUUAGUUUAAUAUAAUAUUUUAUCCGAAGAGUAUUCGAGACUAUAGUUAUCAAAGGCUGAACUGGGGUUUAUUUUUAAGUAUGACUUUAAGUCGUGCUUAAAGUCCCAACUUACAUGUUCAAAAUGUUGGCGUUAUCGUAGGCUGAACUGUGGAUUGUUUCACAAGUAGUUAAGUAUGACUUUAACUUCUGCCGAUGCGCUCAUGGUAUUCAAACCAUAAUUCCAUUAAUUACUACGCAUAACCGUGCAUCUCCUAGAUAUAAUCUGACCAAUCCCAUCCUGAAUUACAUACCACAGGCAGACUGAGUUUUUAAAUACAACUUCGAAAUAUACUUGUUUUUUUUUAGAUAGCCCCCAAGGGCCUAUAACACCAAGCUAAGCGAUUGAUACUGUAGUAAGUAAUUUUCUGCAUGAUUGCAAGUAAUGAUCUAUGUAUUCAAGUGUAAAAGUAACCCUAAGAUUAAACCGCUAGGAUUUGUGUAUGGAUGCCUAGUAAAGCCCCUUUCACAAUUAGUGGUGCUACUGCUUCCUACCGUUGCGAUCGUGUGCAGCAUUUAUUGUGACCAAAUGAUCACAAACGAUCGCAAGAGCGAUGAUUGGGAAAGCCCCUUUACAUAAGAAGAAACAUAUUUAUUUUCCAUGUAUAGUCUACAUCUAUUUUUAGAUACAUGCAUUGCAGUAGAUAAAUGAAAUAAUCGUUUUCACCAUAGACGUAGGCUGAACGUACAAAUACGACGUAGCGGUAGGUUUUGUAUAGAUCUCUAUUUGUGAGAUCCUGGUGUAAGAUAGCCUGCUGAAACGGAUUCUAUUUAAUAUUCAUGUAUUCAGAUGCAAUAGAAAUGAACAGUGUUAUCCGUUCCAUUUUAGUAUUUCUACCACUGUGAAACAUAUUUAUUAUGGGAUGGAUCCCUGCUAUAUUAUUUAGAUAUUUCAAACUAGACUACAUAUUGAUGCUGUACCUCUGUAUAUAUAGGUCUAUAUUUUGUAAAUGCUGUCAUGGUAUUUAUUGCACUCACCCAAGACUGCCCACUCUAAUUUAGAGGAAAGAAUAUUAAAUUUUGAUAUUUUCCAUGUUCUCGUUUUGAUAUGAUUUUUUUCCUUCUGAAUUGUUCUACACAACUCUGUAUGGGAAUAAAGUUUGUCUUGAGUUGAAGGAUGUUUUAACCAAAGUGAAACUUUCUGUAUAAUGCCCUAAAUAGCUCAUUGUGCCUUACACACUUUUUGCAUUGUAGUUCACAUACAUGUAAUUGAUGUAUCGAUUUAUAGUGCAUGUACGUGUGUAUUAGAAUAAUAUCUAAAAAAAAAAAAAAUUACAUGUAUGUUUACAAGUUCUGUAAAUUGAAAUGGGGAACCAAAUUUAAUAUUUUUCACAACAAAUAAAGAAGUUUGAAGAUGGUCACAAUUAAAGCAAAUAGUAUUCAAAUACAUAGAAAAGCUGAAUUUGUAUUGAAUUGGUCAACAAAAACAAUAAAAAUAUUUGAUUAGUAUAUGAAUUUUCAAAUUUUUUGUUAAUCUAUUAAAUAGUGAAUCUAAUGAAAUUUUAAUAUUUUGAUUUCAAUUUGAUAAGAAAUCCUGAAAGGUUACAUUAGAAGUUAGGGUGUACCUAGCUAAUAAUUGGUGCAAAAAAAAUGAUUUGUCGUGACAAUGUUCACACAUUAACAGAUUAUUUCUAGUUUUGUUGAUUAAUUCAUGAAAUUCUGGUGAAAUGUACAUCCCAUUUUUAUAGUUAGAUAUUUUUCAGCAAAUACAUGUAUGUGUGUUAGAAUUUGUAUUUCUUUUAUGAAAUGUUUUUAGCUGUGUCAAUAUAUGCGUCAGUGUGAAGUCUAGCAAUGUACCGAGAGUUAUAUAAAUCUGCACUUCUGCAAGAAAAUUAUAUAUUUUUAUACCAAGGUCAAUAUCUAUCUAAACCAAACUCAUUGUAUGGUUCUUUUUAAGAGUAGAAGUAGUAUCGGUACUGUAUUUAUAUAUAUAUUUAUUCCUACAUGUAUGCACUGUAUGUUAACUGUCUGAAUUCACAAAGAAACCAUGAGAUCUAAACUUUUUUUUUUAAAAUAAAUUCUGAGACGAUAGUGUGUCAGCGGGUUUGUUAUCAGAGAAACAUAUUAAGGUUUGGUGAAAACACAUCAAAGAAUAAUGGGAGUGUAUGGAUUUUCUACAUGUACAUGUAGGUUUCAAUUUAAUGAUGUCACAAAAGGAGCAGCUCCCUCAUAUGUCAUGUGAUACAGAUUCCUCCAUAAAACACAUAAUUUGCUCAGAAUAUUGGAAACAGUUUCACUGAUGCAUUAAAUAAGUCAGUAUUAAGUCUCAUUGAUCUAUAUUGGGUGAACAGGAAUAUACUGCUGGGAAGGGCGACUUUUUCAAGAAAGAUCCUUAGACAUAGAGCCCUUUUCAUUAAAAAGUUCCUUACAUGAAUCCCAUUUUCAAAAAAAAAAAUCCUGUUUCAACCUCUCAUUAUUUUGUCAGAGAUUCCUGGAUUUGCUCCCAAAUACCCCAGCUUACAUUGAAAAUUCGCAAAUGCAGGGCGGAGUCGAGUAUGCCUAAUGAAUAUUCACAUCCACACAAAACGUGUAGUAUAUUGCGUGAUUUUCAUCCCAACGUCCAGCUCAUCUGGUAUGGCGCUGUCAGUUAAUAGGCGAUGCCGAGGCUGAAUGCAUCUACAUGUAGCCUUAAAAUGUUAACUAUUAUUGCUCAAUAUUCAUGUAUCCAUAAAACUUAAGUGUUUAUUUUCAUUCUUUUUUCCCCUUUAUACAUGUACAUGUAUCAAGUCAUUCUCUGUAUGCAGGAAUAAUAGUAAGGUAUUUGUAAAUAGAAAUUCAAUUGUGAUUUAGAUGGAUUUAUAUCUUUUAUUUAUUUUUUUUACGUUGAAUAUGUCAUUUGUUUUGAGAAAAGGGAAUACUGUGUCUGUAUUGUAGAUGUAGAAUGUAUAGUACUGAAUUCAUGUACAUGUAUGGAAAAAUUGAUAACUAAAAUUUUUAUAGCACUUUCACUGAUGUCUAUCUGUAUAUUUUGGCUGGAAAACAGAGUUUUAUUAAUUCCUCGAAUUUGCACCGAUAUUUAUGAUAUUAAAAUGUGAAUUCACAUGUUGUAGUGGUUUAUUUGAAUAUUAAAGAGAUUGCUAUUUUCAGGCA